UUUCACCCAAGUCAAUGUAGAAUGGCGCAGAUACAUGAACUGACGAAAGUAUAGAACAGGAAUGACUUAUGAGUCUUAUGCUAAAAUUCUUCAAACCUAGCCACAACUGCAGAGGAACAAUGAAAAUGGGCCAUUCGAGACUACUGUUAUUCUUCUAUGUUGCUCUCAUUCAUCUUGUUAUUAUUCCCACAGCUGCCCAAUACUGUUAUGGCACUGGAAACUACACCAGUAACAGUACCUACAGGGCAAACCUCAAUACUCUCCUGGCCUCAAUGAUUAACAACACCAAAAUUAAUUAUGGGUUUUACAAUUUUUCUUUUGGUGAAGCUCCCGACAAAGUAUACGCGAUUGCGCUCUGUAGAGGAGACACUUCGCCCAGCGACUGCCGUAAUUGUAUCAAUGGGGCUAGAUCCGACCUAUUGAAAGCUUGUCCAAACCAAAAGGAGGCAAUCAUUUGGCCUGAUAAAUGCUCACUUCGAUACUCAAACAGAUCCAUAUUUAAUGUUAUGGAAGCUAACCCUCGUAUUGCCUUUUACAACACAGGAAAUGUCCAAGACGUAGAAGCUUUCAACAACGUGCUAUUACCCUUGUUAAAUAGACUAAGAAACCGUACUGCAUCAGGAAAUUCUACUCACAAGUUUGCUCUGCAGAGUGCCUCUGCCCCAAACUUCCAAACCAUAUAUGCACUUCUUGAGUGCACCCCUGAUUUGAGCAAGCUAGACUGCAACAGUUGCUUGGAGCAGGUUCAGAGUUAUAUACCACAAUGUUGUAAUGGAAAACAGGGAGGUAAAUUUGUAUCACCCAGCUGUGAUAUAAGGUUUGAAGUAUACUCUUUUUAUGACCCUUCAGUUGAGCCACCACCAUCACCGCCGCCGCCAUCACCAUCACCACCGCCACUAGUCCCAUCUGCAGCAUCCCCACCACCAGAAUCGCCUACAACUACACCAGGAAAGGAAAGCAACUCAUCUCGAACUACAAUCGUUGUGGUAGUGACAACUAUUUCUGCUGCUGUACUAAUCAUCUCGAUCUGCAUUUGCAUCUAUUUAAGAAAGAGGAACCCAAGGAAGAAUCUUGAAAGUGAAGCUGAAGAAGAAAUUAGUGCUGUUGAAUCUUUGCAAUUUGACUUUGGCACAAUUAGAGUUGCUACACAAAACUUCUCUGAUGCUAAUAAGCUUGGAGAGGGUGGAUUUGGUAUUGUUUACAAGGGUAUGUUCUCAAAUGGACAAGAAAUAGCUGUGAAAAGGUUGUCUAAGAAUUCUUCACAAGGAGAAGUAGAAUUUAAGAAUGAGGUCAUGUUAGUUGCUAAGUUACAACACCGUAAUCUUGUAAGACUCUUAGGAUUCUGCUUGAAAGGGGAUGAGAGGCUUCUAGUUUAUGAGUUUGUGCCAAAUGGAAGCCUUGACCGCCUCAUAUUUGAUCCAAUCAAGCGAGCACAAUUGAAUUGGGAAAAGCGCCUCAAAAUUAUUGGGGGUAUUGCUCGAGGACUUCUUUACCUUCAUGAAGAUUCUCAACUUCGUAUUAUUCAUCGAGAUCUCAAAGCUAGUAACAUUCUACUUGAUGCCAGUAUGAACCCCAAGAUUUCUGAUUUUGGUAUGGCGAGAUUAUUUCAACUAGAUCAAACUCAAGGCAACACAAGUAGAAUUGUGGGGACCUAUGGAUACAUUCCUCCAGAAUAUGCGUUUCACGGACAAUUUUCAGUGAAGUCCGAUGUUUUUAGUUUUGGUGUGAUAGUCCUAGAGAUGGUGGCUGGGCAGAAAAAUAGUACUUUUCAAAUUGAAGACAGUGGAGAUGGACUUAUAGAUUAUGCCUGGAAACAAUGGAGGGAUGGGACAACUUCUAAACUUGUGGAUUCCACAUUGCGUACUGAUUCAACAACUGAAAUAAUGAAAUGCAUCCAUAUUGGGUUACUUUGCGUUCAAGAAAAUGUAGAUAGGAGACCAACCAUGGCUUCAGUUGUUCUCAUGCUGAAUAGUGAAUCUAUGAGUCUACCAGUACCAUCACAACCAGCGUUUCUGAUGGACAGUAGCACUAGAUCAAACAUGCUCUUGGUGGAGCACCAUUCAAGGGAGAUGGGGUCAACACAAUCCAAAAGUAACUCUGUCCAAGCGUCAGCAAACAAUGUUUCAAUUUCGGAAUUAGAUCCUCGCUAGAAUUGUAUGGAUUUUACAUUUAGGGCUGAUCAUAUUCUCACAUCUCCAUUUCCAUUUGCAUUUCAUAAAAUCAAUACACCACAUGUUGCAUUUUACAAGGGUGAUGCACGAUAGUUGUGCCAAUGUAAAUUUUGCUAUUUCUAACUGCGUUUUGGAGAGACAUAGAAUUAAGCAGUGGUAUCUUAUGGAGUGGCUAUAUGUUAUCGCUA